AGAAGAUGAUCCAUCCCUUUGAUCUUCUGCUCAGGCCGUGCUGUUGGAGGAGGAGCAGCAGGAACAGGACAGUGACGGAAUGAAUGACUUCCUGCUGAAAACCAUCCUGUGCUCAUAGUGUCUUCUAAACAUCUGAAACAUCUGGAUGUUCUGCAAGAAGAUCAAGAUGAUGAAAUCACCAGAAAUCAAAUGUGAGAAUUUGGAAUCUGAAAUAACCCCCAGUCCUCAUAGUAACACAGACUCUCACAGACAGACAAAUGAAGAUACAGGCCAGGAGAAAACUAGGCAUUGCUCAGACUGUGGGGAAAGUUUUAUAGACCUAGAAACUCUGAAAGCACACGAGCUCAUCCACGCUGAAGAGAGACCAUAUCCGUGUUUAGAGUGUGGCAAAAGAUUUAGCGUGGAGAGUAAUCUCAAAACACACCAGCGCAUUCACACUGGAGAGAAACCGUAUCACUGCUCAGAGUGUGGAAAGAGUUUUAAUCAACAAACAACCCUCCAACGACACCAGCGCGUUCACACUGGAGAGAAACCAUACCAAUGCCCAGAGUGCGGGAAGCGAUUCAGUAUUGAGGGUAAUCUAAUAACACACCAGCGCAUUCACACUGGAGUGAAACCGUACGAAUGCUUGGACUGCGGGAAAAGAUAUACUGUUAAAAACAAUCUCAAAACACACAUGCUCAUUCACACUGGAGAGAAACCGUAUCAAUGCUCAGAGUGUGGGAAGAGCUUUCGAGACAAAGGUACUUACAAAACGCAUCAACGCAUUCACACCGGCGAAAAACCAUAUCGCUGCUCAGAAUGCGGCAAGACUUUCAGUCUACACCAUUAUCUCAAAACCCACCAGCGCAUUCACACUGGAGAGAAACCGUAUCAGUGCUCGCAGUGCGGAAAGAGCUUCACUGAUCACAGUUACAUCGUAGUGCACCAGCGCAUGCACACCGGAGAGAAACCGUAUCACUGUUCAGACUGUGGGAAGAGUUUCAGCGAUAAUCGUAAUCUCAGAGUGCACCAGCGCGUUCACACUGGAGAGAAACCGUAUCACUGCUCGGGCUGUGGGAGGAGUUUCAGGCAUAUAAAUUCUUUAAAAAUACACCAGUGUACUAACAAAGAGAUGAAGGAUGGCACAACUAGAUCAAAAUCCAUUUUAUCCAGCACCCAACAAACCUCCUCUGGUGUAUCUUACAAACAAAUGCAGAACAUUUCCAGGAGAGAAAGAACUCACCUCUGUUCACAAUGUGGCAAGAGUUUUACUCAAAUGGGUCAUCUGAAAACACACCAGCGUAUUCACACAGGAGAGAAGCCCUACUGCUGCCCAGACUGUGGAAACCGAUUUAACCACCAGAGUUCUUUCCAGAGACACUUACGCAUUCACACUGGAGAGAAACCGUACAACUGCUCAGAGUGCGGGAAAAACUUUAAUCAGCUGAUUACUCUCCAACAACACCAGCUCAUCCACACUGGAGAGAAGCCCUACCAGUGCUCAGAGUGCGGCAAGUGUUUUAACCAACCCAGCACUCUCCGACAACAUCAGCGCAUUCACAGUGGGGAGAAACCGUAUCAGUGUUUGGAGUGUGGGUUGAGUUUUACUAAUCAAAGUAACUUUCAUCACCACCAGCGCAUUCACACCGGAGAAAAACCCUACUACUGUUCAGACUGUGGAAAGAACUUUAACCAACAGAGCACUCUCCAGCAACACCAGCGCAUCCACAAAGGAGAGAGGCCAUAUCUCUGCACCGAGUGCGGAAAAAGUUUUACAAAUCAGAGUCAUCUCCGCCAACACCAGCUCGUUCACACAGGAGAGAAGCCGUAUCCCUGCUCAGAGUGUGGGAGAAGCUUCAGUAGAUUGAGUCAUGUCCAACGACACCAGUGUGUUCACAGAGAAAAGUGCACUGAGACUGGGAUGGGAUGAUAACCCAUGAAAUAAAUGAAUGACUUCCUGUGGAAAGACUUCCUAUGCUCAUUGUGUCCAUUUUCCUUUUGACCUCAAAUUUACUUUCAGCAACAUCUGGAGAAACCACCAAAAGGAUAAAGAUAAAGAUAAAAUUGUGCACCAUGGACACUUCAGAAGAUCCUGGCAAGAGAAUCAAGUUCAUCUGAUGAAAUCAGGAUGAGAAAUUAAAUGGGGGAAUAUGGAAUUGCAUACAAGUUUCAUUGCUCAACAGACAUCGUUUAGUACAUCACUUGGCGAAGUGCAGAAAAAUCCAGGUAAGAAGAGACCUCACCUCUGCUCAGAAUGUGGGAAGAGUUUUACCCAACACCGUCAUCUAACUGCACACCAGCGCAUCCACACAGGAGAGAAGCCAUACUGCUGCUCAGAGUGUGGGAUACGUUUUAAUCGGCAAAGCACUCUACAACGGCACCUACGCAUCCACACCGGGGAAAGACCGUGUUACUGCUCAGUGUGUGGAAGGAGUUUUAAUCAAGUGUGUACUCUCCAACAACACCAGCGCAUUCACACUGGAGAGAAACCGUUUCACUGCUCGGUGUGUGAAAAGAGUUUUAGUCAACAGAGUCAUCUCCUGACACAUCAGCGCAUUCACACCGGAGAGAGGCCCUAUUACUGCUUAGAGUGUGGCGAGAGUUUUUCUAGUCAGAGUCAUCUUCAACAGCACCAUCGUGUUCACACCGGGGAGAAACCGUAUUACUGUUCGGACUGUGGGAAGAGUUUCAAUCAGCAGACAACUCUUCAUCAACACCAGCGUAUCCACACUGGAGAGAAACCAUAUCCCUGCUUAGAGUGUGGGAAGAGCUUUAAUCGCCACAGUACUCUUCAAGAACAUCAGCGCAUUCACACUGGAGAGAAACCGUAUCACUGCUUGGACUGUGGGAAGAGCUUUAAUAGGCAGGGUUCUCUUCACCAACAUCAGCGCAUUCAUACUGGAGAGAAACCGUAUCACUGCUCUGAAUGUGGGCGGAAUUUCCGGCAAAUAAGCACUUUUAACAAACACAAGUGCCCGAAAGUGGAGAUGGAAAUUCCAGUUAUUGAAAUAGACACUGAAGCCAUCUCCACCCACUACAUGAUCACCUGCCCUGAACCUGCCGAUCUGCUACACCUGAGCGGCUCAGAAGUCCCAUCCACUGGCUCUCAGACUGCGAGUAGUACAGAGAGUGUGGUCGAACCUCACACUGCUUGCUUAUCUUCCAACAGCUGGAUUCAAAGACAGAAGAAGCAACAGUCACCAGAUUGACUUUUGCCUUUAACUCAUCGGUGACGUGAACACACUAAUACACACUAGUUAGUACACAAACAGUGUACAAUCUCUGCAUUGCCAGACUCGGACACCUGCCAUUAUAUUAACUAAGGAGUUAUUAUCCAUCAUUGUGCAGGAAAGACUGCUGUGUUUAUUAUUACAAAUCAUGCUAAGAAAGUUAUUUUGUUCUGAGAUGUGAGAAAAUCUUCUUUAUUUUUGUCAGGUUCCUUUUUCUGCCAAUUCUUUACGUUUUGUACAGAGCUUAUGCACUUAUUAAAAACAAUAUUUGCACCCAGAAGGAUUUAAUCUAAUGAAAGAAAUUAAAUAAAUUCAUGUGUGUAGGCACUGUGGUCAGUGUCACACAUCAAAAAGGCCUGGUAUCAUGGUGCAAUUUUGUACAAUACCAAAUCACUUUUCAUAUUCAUUACAAGCACUUUGAUAGACCAAUGUUACAUUAAUGAGGUAUUGCAACAAGUAUUGCAAAAUGUGUGUGUUGCUAUUGGACGCUCUAUUAACACUUCUAAACCCCCUAACGCACAAUCUGCAGUAACUGUGUGACAAUAUUGGAAAUAUUAUAGGAUGGAUUAUUACAGGAGGAACAUAAGGAACCUCUACAGCUCCAUGCUGAGACAUCUAGCAUAUGUUGCAGCAUUACACAUGAGUUACACAUGCUUUACACACUACUUCUAACUGUGUAACUCAAUAAACAUGACCAAGAUUCGUCCGUACCAGUCCUGGUACCCUUUAUCUUUCUUCUGAAUAGUAUUUCAAACCGACAUCCUUCUGGGUGCAACUAUUUUUUUUUAACUAUUUAUAUAUACGUGUAUAUUAGGCUGCAUUCACCAGGCUGAAGUGACUCAAAUCAAUUUUUUUUGCCUUAAUGUGACACAGAUCAGAUUUCUUUGGGCAGUAUGGCCAGUCACUUAUACGUGGUCCUUAAUUGGAUGCAUGUCUGAUUUGUGGGCAUGCAACAUAUAUAUGAAUGGUCAGAUUUUAUUUCCAUUUCCUAAUUUAUAUUGUUUUUUGCUGAGGCAAUGUGCAUAUUAAUACUGUGUAUCAAAAUAUUAAUCAUUUAUAUUUAAUGUGAAAUAUGUUGAGUUUUUCUGUUGUAAGGGGAAUUAAUACUAAAGUAUGCAAAAUAAAACCGAAAAAUGUGUCGCA